CCUUUUUUGGAGGAUUUGUUGGCUAAAAUUGGUUCGCUCAACGAACGCUUCAACGGCAUUAUUUCCCGGCCAAUUCUCUUUCUCUCUCAUUCCCAAACAAAAUUCUCUCUAAUCAAUUCUCUCUAAUCCAUUUUUGGGUCUAAUCUCACUAACCCAAACUCUAAUUUUCUCUCAAUUUCUCUUCCUCUUCUCCUUCUCUGUGUCAAUUUUCCAUUCUCAUUUCUUUUGGGGUUUCAAUUUUUUUACUUUCCAUCUAAAGUUCUUUCCUUUUUUUGUACCCAUUUAGGGUUAGGGUUCGUGGGAGUUAUUGGGGGUACUGGAUCGUGUGGAUGUAUAUUUAGAGGAAGAAUAUCGAUCCCUCAGGCGAAGAUCUGAGGCUUUGGUUUCUUUUUCUUUUUUCUGUUUUAGAAAUUUGAAAAUUGGAAAAUGAGUGCUUCGAGGUUCAUAAAGUGCGUUACUGUUGGGGAUGGAGCUGUCGGAAAGACUUGUCUUCUUAUCUCCUACACCAGCAAUACUUUCCCUACGGAUUAUGUGCCAACUGUUUUCGACAAUUUCAGUGCAAAUGUGGUUGUGAAUGGAAGCACUGUUAACUUGGGAUUGUGGGAUACAGCCGGACAAGAGGAUUAUAACAGGUUAAGACCCUUGAGUUAUCGCGGGGCCGAUGUGUUUAUACUGGCAUUCUCUCUCAUUAGCAAAGCUAGCUAUGAAAAUGUUUCCAAAAAGUGGAUUCCUGAAUUGAAGCAUUAUGCACCUGGUGUCCCGAUCAUUCUUGUUGGAACAAAGCUUGACCUUCGAGAUGACAAGCAGUUCUUUAUCGACCAUCCUGGCGCUGUUCCAAUUACUACAGCUCAGGGAGAGGAACUUCGAAAGCUUAUCGGUGCACCUGCUUACAUCGAAUGCAGCUCGAAAACACAGCAGAAUGUGAAAGGAGUCUUUGAUGCAGCCAUAAGAGUUGUCCUUCAACCGCCGAAACAGAAGAAAAAGAAAAGCAAAGCACAAAAGGCUUGCUCCAUAUUGUGAUUUGAAAGAAUAGGUGUAAAGAGACGACAACAACAACAACAACAAUCUUCGAGUUCUGCCUCUCUAUUCCACACCAUUUCCUCUCCCCUCUCACCAUUUUUUCUUUUUAACAUUUUUACUGUUUAAUUCAGAAGAAGAAGUAGGAGUUCAUGAAUGGUAUUGUCCACUUUUACAAUCUUUUUAUGAAACUCUUAAAGAAGAAGAAGAAGAAGAAUAAGAAGAAGCAUAUCAGUCUGUUAUAAAUGGUGUUUUGCUUUUUCUUGGAAUUAUUGUGGUUCUCCUCACUCUUGUUUAGUAGCAUGGUUUGCUUAUAUAUUUAUAUUAAAUUCAGGUUUUUAUUGUUUUA